AUGAAUGGAAGGGUUAAUAAAAAGAAGAAGAGCAGCGUUAAUCGUAAAGCUGCUGCCAAUGCUGUUAUAGAUGAGGAAAAUGUAGUAAGUAAUAUACUUAGCAGACUCCCUGUGAAAUCACUUUUGCGGUUCAAGUGCGUAGCGAAACAUUGGUAUUCCUUGAUCAAAGAUCCUUAUUUUAUUGAUUUACAUCUUAACCGAUCAAAACCACGUCAACAUCUUUUUGUUAUCAAACCACCACAGAGAUAUAGCAAUGGAAACUCGCAGACAGACAUCAAUUUUAAAGGACGGGCUAUGAGUUUCUUGAUAGCUGAUGUAUUUCUUGAUGGAAGAGGGAAGGUAGCAUCAACAGUAAAGCACAUUACAAGGAACACAACUCCAUUUUGUUAUACUCAAAUUCUUGGAGCUGUAAAAGGUUUGGUCUGUUUCAUUAACGAUUCUAUACAUGCUGCUUGUAUGUAUAAUGUAGGUACGAGAGAAGUUACACCAUGGAUAAAAUCAACAUUAUUGAUGGAAGAAACACAAAAGUCUAGCCGCAAUUGCGUAGGUGAUACUAGUUCUUAUAGUUUUGGAUAUGCUCCGGAAAGUAAGGAACACAAACUGAUUUGCAAGUGGGUGAUAUACGAUGGUGAUAAAGCUUUCCAAAUUUGGGAGAUUUUGACUUUAGGACACAAUGCAUGGAAAAGAAUUGAUCAAGUCCCAAAUUGUCAUUUCAGACAGGAUGCACCUUCUGUGUAUGUGAAUGGCUCUAUUUACUGGUAUCCUCUUAACUUUGCAAGUGGUGAUUGUGGUGGUGCUAGUGUAAGAUUUUUAUUGGCAUUUGAUGUUGAAAGUGAGAAGUUCAGAACAAUCCAAAUCCCUGAUUUCAGUCAGUUACAGUGUGUUACUUUAUUAGAUGUGCAAAGCCGCGUCGCUAUAUUACAUAGAACUAGUGCUUACACUGCCAGGAUGUCGAUAUACGAAGACAAUGACAAGUGUAGAGGUAAAGAUAUAGCUUCAGAUAUUGGUGUCAACAAUUGGACGCCUGAAAAGAUUAUCAUGUUGCCUGUUUGUUGGGAUGAAAGUCGAAGUCUCUUUUUUCAUGCCGCUGCUGGAGCCGACCGGAUAUUCUUAGAAAGCCAUCAACAGAAUGCCAGUGGAACUACAAUUGCCGUAUCUAUUUAUUCUUACUGUUUGAAGAAUAAUACCUUCACACAGAUAGAAAUCAGAGGGAUACCCUCUUCAGCUCCUGCUUGGAACUGUACUAGACUAUAUACAUCUUUUUGCGAAAGCCUUGUCCUUUAA